AUGUUUGUGGAUUAUUAUGCUGUACUUUCGUUGCAUCCAUCCUGCUCCUCUAGGGACGUGCGGGAUGCGUUUAAGCGUCUUGCCCUGCUUUACCAUCCGGAUCGUCCCGAGGAGGGCAGCACGGAGUGCUUUCGUGAAAUUAAGGAAGCGUACGAUGUUUUAAGCGACCCUACACGACGGUACCUGUACGAUUUGGGGUAUGCGGAGAUCCAGUGGGUGCGGCAGCGCCAACAGGAAGAGGCCCAACUUCAACAGCAGCAGCAGCAGCGGCGGCGUGAGAUGGAAAGAAUGGAUGAGUUGAUGCGGAACCAGGUUCUCCAGCCACAACCCACACGAAACGGUGCAUAUGUCUCUCCGUUGUUGCCUUCCGAGAGCACAAGACGGGUGUCCUCGGGGAGUUCAUCCCGUGUGCUGCUCACGCCAGCCUCAACCAGCCACCGCACACUGGCACCGACGUGUGGUCGACGCGAGGCCGUGGAGAAGUCGAGGGAGGCGGCGGCACAGGCGGUGCCCAGGCAGGGGUCGGGGUUUGUGGCUGUCAGGCGAGGGCGGUUAGCGGUAGUGGAGCGUAGCGACGCUGGGAUUGGUGCUCAAAAUACGGCUCACGGUCAAUAUCGUCAAACGGUCGAUGAGUUCUCUUCAUCCGACGUGCGGUCUUUGCCGGUCACGGGGAGCCAAAGUAGCCAAGGGAGCGGUGAGAACUCGUUGAGCGGCAAGCAGCCGUCUGAACAGGAGCAGCACCGGCAGCGUUGGGGAGGACACUCCGUCAAAGAUAAGGGCAACGAUGGGAAGUCGACCCUCGUUCCCAAAAUAACGACGCUUCAAUGGGGCGAAAGGAAGUUGAUGCCGCGACGUUCCAACGCUGUUCCGUCGCCUGAUUUCUUUAAAAGAAGUGUUGUCAAAACAUGGCGAGUUUUUUUCCACGUGCCCGCAACGGGCCAAAGGGAUAAAUAG